UAAGAUGGCGGCAGAAACUCAAAAUGUUGUCGUUCUUCACAGUCGCCCAGGAGUAGACAAACCACCAUCCGAAUCGAACUUCGCACUGGAAAGAAGAAAAAUUCCAGAAUGCAAAGAGGGCGAAAUCUUAGUGAAGACAUUGUAUUUAUCUGUUGAUCCUUAUAUGAGAUGCAGAAUGAAUGAGGAUUCUGGAACGAACUAUUUGACACCGUGGUCCAUUGGAGAGGCGCCAAUUGGAGGAGGUGUGGGUCAGGUGAUUCAUAGCAGAAGCGAGAAAUUUCACGAAGGGGAUAUUGUGCAGUCGGGUGGAUGGCCAUGGCAAGAAUUUUCAGUUUUUCCUGUCUCUGGAGACCCCACAUUGCAAAAGGAAGAAAGCCCAUUCCUUUGUGCUAAAUCAUCUCUGUUGCUGGGGAUUGUGGGUUUGACUGGACUGACAUCUUAUAUUGGCUUAAAAGAAAAAGCACACAUUGAGCCUGGUGCCAAUCAAGUUGUUGUAAUCAGUGGUGCUGCUGGGGCUUGUGGGAUGGCUGCAGGACAGAUUGCAAAGCUAGAAGGCUGUGGUGUUGUUGUUGGGAUAUGUGGUACUGAUGAGAAGUGCUGCUUCUUGACAGAAGAGAUGGGCUUUGAUGUGGCAAUUAAUUACAAGACAACAGAGAACAUUAGUGAACACUUGAAAAUGAAAUGUCCAGGAGGAAUUGAUGUUUACUUUGACAAUGUUGGAGGGGAAAUAAGCGAUGAAGUUAUUCGCUGCAUGAAUAAGGACAGUCACAUAGUAUUAUGUGGGCAGAUUUCAGUUUACAACAAAGAUGUUCCUUAUCCACCCCCACUACCCCAGGACAUACAAGACAUACUGCAAACUAGGAAAAUAACACGUGACCGUUUCCUGGUGUUGAAUUACAUGGAAAAGCUCCCGGAUGGAAAAAAACAACUGGAGUCCUGGGUGCGAGAGGGAAAGUUAAAGAAUCGUGAGACGAUCGUGGAGGGCCUGGAGAACACUGGGAAAGCCUUUGUUGAAAUGAUGCGAGGUGGGAACAUUGGUAAACAGAUUGUGAAAGUGGCCGAGAUUGUGCUUUGAAAUGGUGACUUUUUGAAUCACUAUCUAUGCCAAUGAUGUGAGCACGGUUAUAUUAAAUAAUCUAGAUCUUUCACGGGAUUGCUUUUUAAUGAAAUGACUUUGAUAGACUAGUCUUUUAUAUAUAAAUAUAUAAUGUAAUAUUUAUGUAUGAAAAGCGACCAAAAGAAGUUGUUUAAAAAAAACCAAAAAACCAAAAAAUAGAUGUUAAACCUUGUUUACUUCAUAGAAGAAAAUAAUUUUGUGCUAUAUUUGGUGCUUUUAGUUUAGCCGUAGAGCAGUGGCUUGUAAACCACGAUAAAAAGCCGAAAAACACUCCACAAUUGCACCUUGCAUUGAUAAAAACGCAAUAAUUAAGAUAGUAAUGGUGAUAAAUUGAAGAGAAACACCUCUACGUUUAAGAGAGUGGAUCGCUCUCCAUGCAGCUACAAAAAGUUGCCUGACGGUUUUGUACACUUUUCUAUCACACAAUUUCCAUCGCCCUCCUCCUGGGUCCUUUUGGGCUUAUUGACGUGAUUUACAGGUUUUUUAAGCCAAAUAAAGCAUAAGCUAGAGAAACAGUCACCAAAAGCCAAGAAAUCUUGCAACCCGUAAAAUAUCCGCCUAGUUAAUCCGUUAUAUCAUUAAAGAUGCAUGUCGGUCUUAAUUUUUGGUUGCCAAGCUAUUGGGAGGCUAUUAUUACAUGUGCGAGCAAAAUCGUUUUAAAUUCAAAUUAAAACCCGGUUAUGUGCAUGAAUUGCUGAUUUGUAGCGGAGGUUGGAGGAAGAUUUUCUUAUUUAUGAAAAGACCGACUGGAACUACAUCUCGACAAGCUUUUUUUUUUACAGCAGUGUAAUGAAAAACAGUCGCUGAACGCAUCGAGAAAGUUUCAGAAAAACCGACAGAGUCGCACAAAAAUUAUAUUUGCCGGUUACGAUCAUUAUUACAGAUGAAAUCAGCUGAGAAAAACGAUGAACAUAUGAGCUCCGCGACCGGAUCGUUCGCUGAAAAUGAACUUUCCACGCAGAAAAAACGCCGGUCUAAAGACAUCACAGAACUAAAGGCUGAAGCUGAAGGCUUGAAAGAAUCCUUGUCGAGCCUUACGACGGAAGAUGAAAAAUCACAAACGAAGGAAAGGGCGGCAUAUUUUGAUGACCUGUUCCAGUUUUUAGGGACGACGAAUGUUAAAAUGGACAGGAAAGUGCUAGAGCACAUUAUGGAACUUUUAAAACUGGAUGUACACCCAGACAAUAUUGUAGAAUUGCUAACAACAGUGAUGGCGAUGGGAAAUGAAGAGGUUAUUUUUAUUUGAGGGUAAACACUGAGAAAAACAGUGGACCUUGUCUUUGUCGGGAUCACGAAUGCCUCCCAGAUGUUUGUUUUAAAUUUAAUUAACGAGGAAUAAUUAUUUUUAUUGUUUUAUUCAACUGCAAGACGUGUUUUUUAACGUUCUUUUUUGUAUUUUUGUGCGUAAGUACUUACUCGUGUAUAAUUUUUUCAUAUGCAAUAAUUUCACAAUCCGGUUUUUAAUUUUCUUUUGGUUUUUAAUCGCAGUAGAAUAGGCUGGUACAAUGUGUACCUUAACAAAACUUAAAUAAACAGUGGGACACCUGUCUGGAGUGGUAGGAAAACGAAUGUUU